UGAUCCAAUCCGAAUGCUAUAUAAAUAUCGUGCGUUCAACUUAGUCGUCAUUCUGUUGGAGUUGCUCGUCCAGGUUUCAACUACGAACAAGAAGCAACUUUUUGUCUUCGUUCAUCAACAAUGGCACGUCCUGCGCUUACAUCCACGUUGCUGAUCGCAACAGCCAUUUGCUUCAUAGCCGCCAAAGCCGAAGAACAACCGACGGUUGGGGAAGCAGAAAAUCGUCAAGCAAAACAACUUUACGUGGUACCUCAGUACUAUCCAGCCAACACUCAAUUUUACUACCCUGAUAGCAGUCAAUAUGUAAAUCCUUACUCCUUACCCUAUGCUGCACCUGCAGCGGAACCAUUCGACGGUGCUGGCCUGGAUGCCGAUUACGCUUACGGUUAUCCAUUAGCUUUGGGCGAUGAAGCAGCUGCUGACUGGAGACACGUUGCGACUGGAGGUCAUGACGGCCACAGAGGGAAAUGGUGGAAAAAGAAUUCGCACAGAUACGCAACUAUUAACAUCUUCCCAACAGCCUUAGAAUGUCUGAACGCGAACAUUGGGGACGAUGGUCUCGGCCCUUGUAAAGAAGCAUCGCAAGCGGAACAGGGAGCUAUUGAUAUGAAAUUUACUGAUGGUGGCCAAACAGCUAUCGUCGGCAUCACAGCUGAUUCUCAGAGACACACCCGUGUCAAGUUGAUCUGUACUGAGCUUACUGCCGACAUGGGGGUCUACACGCAAUCCGGCAAAAUCACGGGGGUGGAGGAUACCCCGAGAACUGAAAUUGGAUACAUGCAACUUGUUGUAACCAGCGCGGCGCCCGACGACGUGUUGAAAUGCACUUGGGUGUCGUACCAUCACUACACAGCCAUGUAUCCUUAAAGUUCAUAUUUCGGUACCUUAUAAUAGCCGACCAGCCUGUUUGCUCCAGCUAACCAUCAUUAAUGAGUCAGUGUAUAAUGACUAUACUGGUCAUUAAUGAAAGAUUAUUGGUAGUAUUUAUUUCAUUCCCAAGCAAGGUCUGAUUUUUAGAUGUUUGAUAUAUAAAUACAAAUAUUUGCAAAAACUGAAA